GGGGCUAUAAUUAGCCGCAGGGGGCUAUAACGCUGUUUUACCCCCCACAGUGCCGGUAGCGUGGCCCCUUCCCCUCACGGCCGGGCGGGAAGAAGCGGUACCGGCCCGGGAGAGCGCAGCGGGGGGGCGCGCCGGGCCGCUCCCUCCCCUCCCUGCCUCCCCACACGCCCCGCGACAAAGGUAAAAGCUCUGCAAGUCUGCAAUAAAAAUGGCCUCCAAUAAAACUACAUUGGAGCAGAGAUUAUCAGAUGCCAACCCCUCCUGGACCUUUUUAAUGAUGCAUUCAUGGAUCUCAAGUCCUCACAAAAUGGGAAAGAAACAAAAUGGCAAAGGUAAAAAAGUUGAAGAGGCAGAGCCUGAAGAAUUUGUUGUGGAGAAAGUCCUGGACAGACGUGUUGUGAAUGGAAAGGUGGAAUACUACUUGAAAUGGAAAGGCUUUACAGAUGCUGACAACACGUGGGAACCUGAAGAAAACUUAGAUUGUCCAGAGCUAAUUGAAGCUUUUCUGAACUCUCAGAAAGCUGGUAAAGAAAAAACAGAUGGUGCCAAAAGGAAAUCUUUGUCAGAUAGCGAAUCUGAUGAUAGUAAAUCAAAGAAAAAACGUGAUUCUGUUGAUAAGCCAAGAGGGUUUGCAAGGGGUCUUGAUCCUGAGCGGAUAAUUGGGGCUACGGAUAGCAGCGGAGAGCUUAUGUUCCUCAUGAAAUGGAAAGACUCUGAUGAGGCAGAUCUGGUGCUGGCCAAAGAAGCUAACGUGAAGUGUCCUCAGAUUGUAAUCGCUUUUUAUGAAGAGCGACUAACUUGGCAUUCGUGCCCAGAAGAUGAAGCACAAUAAUUGUUUGCAUUGCUUUUUUAUAUAUAUGAAUAUUAAAACCUGAAAUUUGAUUUAUUAGCAAUGUGAGAAACAUACAUUCUAACAGGAUUCAAAUUUGAUAUUUUUUUGUAGUAGUGUGUUUUGCAUCAACAGCAAGUAAAUAAAAGCUUUCUGCAACUUGUUUCAUUUAUCAUGAGAGAGCAUUUGAUACUACUACUUCCUCCAUAUUAGGUAAAAGCUUUUAUAAAACAUUCAUAAACUUCCAUAGUUAUUACCGAAUCAUAAUGAAUGUCUAAACAAGCUCACAGAUGUUUUGUAGUCUUCUAUACUAUUGAUGUGCAUGUAUCUUCUUUACCCAAACCUAGCCCUUAAAACCUGUAGAAUCAUUCUUUUUAGUAUUUGGGAUCACUUGGUCCCAAGAAGACCAGGUGAAAACUAACUUUGUAGUAAUUUGAAUGUUAUCAGACUGUAUAUUGUUUACUUUAUUGUAAAUACUGGUGAACAGUGGUCAAUAAAAUAGUUUUAUAUUCUUCCUUUA